AAAGCCCAUCCCUCAUCUCUCUUUUAUUUCUCAAAUUAUAUUUUCCAUCUACCUCAUGCCAACCACCAUCCCGCCUCUGCUUACCCCCCACGUUGCAAUAACUCGGCUUCAGCUCCUCUUUUUCUCACACACACCCGCACGCGUGUGUGUGUGCUGUUCUUGUGGAGUCUGACUGUUUGCAAUGUCCAAAUCCAAGUCCAAGUGCUUCAGCUUCACAUCAUCCAGAAACCGGUGCCUGAGAUCCGCUUUCACUCGGUCGGGGCUCCGGCCCUUCUCUGCGGACCUCGGCGAUGGCACCAUCAUGCAUUGCUGGGUGCCCAAGACCCGUAACCCUGCCCGACCCAACGUCGUGCUGAUCCACGGGUUCGGGGCGAACGCGCUGUGGCAAUUCUGCGAGACGGUCCCCUUCCUGGCGCCCCAUUUCAACGUGUACGUGCCGGACCUGGUGUUCUUCGGGAACUCGGUUUCGACCCGGAGGGAGUGGAGCGAGUCUUUCCAGGCCCGGUGCGUGAAGCGGGUCAUGGAGGCGAACUCGGUGGAGAAGAUGGCGGUGAUGGGGCUGAGCUACGGCGGGUUCGUGGCGUACAGCAUGGCGGCGCAGUUCGCGGAGUGCGUGGAGAGGGUGGUGAUUUGCUGCGCCGGGGUGUGCUUGGAGGAGAAGGAUUUGAAGGAGAGGUUGUUCCCGGUGGCGGACGUGGAGGAGGCCGCGUCCAUUCUGCUGCCGCAGACGGCGGGGAAGAUGAGGGAGCUGAUGGGGUACACUUUCGUGAAGCCGCCCAAGGGGCUGCCAUCUUGCUUGCUGGAGGACUUCAUUGAUGAAAUGUGUUCUCAAUAUGUUGAAGAGAAGAAAGAGCUGCUUCGCACCAUCGCCAAAGACAGGAAGCUGUCAGACCUUCCCAAGAUCUCUCAGCCGACUCUAAUCGUCUGGGGGGAUCAAGAUCGUGUAUUCCCAAUGGAACUCGCUAACAGAUUGAAAAGGUAUUUGGGAGAGAAUGCAGAACUAGUGGUGAUCAAGAACACAGGGCACGCCUUCAUUCACGAGAAACCGAAGGAGUUCCACAGGCACUUGAAAACAUUCCUCUUGAGACAAGUCUCUCCAGACGCUAAAACAUCGGCCGAUAAUCAUCAAAACGGCAGAUGAAUUGGUUGCAGUGAUGGACUCUUUUGACCUCCGCUCUUACAACUAAAGUAGAAACCAAAAGCAUCCCUGGUUCUUGACAGAGAUUUAUAUGUUUCUUUCGGUCAUGGAUGUUCUACAUUUGUCCACCACACCAGACACUUGGGGAUCAAACAAAGUAGUCCGGAUUUAUUAGUGUAAUAAUUGUCAUCAUUUAGACAUUUUAACAAAACUCCGAGUCUAAGAGAAGGCCAUCAGCUCUGUAGUCUCUGCCGGUCUAUUAUUUUUAACUGCGCGCAGGCCGCCUGGAAACAAUUGCUGCGUGGUUUUGUUUGUCCUGUCGGAAUCCUUACUGUAUUUGGCGUAAAAUAAGAAAGAAAAGUUAUCAA